UGGUGACCGCCCCUCAGCGGCUGCUCAGAGGUCUGGGUGUCCUGGGUUCCUGGCCCGCCGCCGACUGCCAGUCGCUUGGCGCCGCCGAGGGUCGGGAGCGCGCGAGCUCGUACCCACGGCUGCGAGGAGGCUUUCCUCGGACCGAGGCUCGGAAGCGGGGUGCUCCGGCCUCCCGCCCGCCGCCCGCCUGUUCUUCGCCGUCGCCAACGCUGCGCGCCCUGCGCGAUGGGUGCCAACGAGGACCAGGAGAUGGAACUAGAAGCUUUACGUUCUAUUUAUGAAGGAGAUGAAAGCUUCCGGGAAUUGAGUCCAGUUUCAUUUCAAUAUAGGAUAGGUGAAGAUGGUGAUCCCAAAGCCUUCCUAAUAGAGAUUUCCUGGACAGAGACAUAUCCCCAGACGCCUCCUGUCAUAUCUAUGAACGCUUUUUUUAACAACACCAUCUCUUCAGCUGUGAAACAGAGUAUCUUAGCCAAACUACAGGAAGCAGUAGAAGUGAACCUUGGCACUGCCAUGACCUACACAUUGUUCGAAUACGCUAAGGACAACAAAGAGCAGUUCAUGGAGAACCACCAUCCCGGGAAUUCUACACCAACACCCGCAAACAAUAUCGUCUCGGUUGAAACUCCCAGCACAGCCCCCUCAAGUAAGAAAAAAGACAAGAAAGAGCAACUUUCCAAAGCUCAGAAACGCAAGCUGGCAGAUAAAACAGAUCACAAAGGAGAGCUCCCUCGAGGCUGGAACUGGGUUGAUGUCGUGAAGCAUUUAAGCAAAACUGGCUCUAAAGACGAUGAGUAGCACCUGCAGUCAAAGCAAAAGCAUCUUGAAAAGCAGCCCAGAUCAACACGUCUCCUUACUUUUCCUGGUACUGAGUGGCUUUUUACAAGACAUAAUGCUUUUGUAUGUGUCUAUAAAAAUAGCAAUGAAGAGUCCACGAAGAGCUUUGGUUGUAGUAAAUUAUUUUCACAAACUUGUCUUAAUAAAAGGUGAAAGUGCAUCCGUUUAGAGUACUUUCUGAGGCUGUUGAGCAUCAUCGGCAGUAGAUAGCUCUGCGGAGUGAGCUGGGGGUGACUUAGCCAUCUGAUCCAAGGGAUGGGAUCGUUUUAAAGGCCAACAAAGCUACUUGCACACUGUCAGUUCAGUAGCGCCCUGUACGGACUCUCUGGUAUCCCAUGGCAUGACCCAUGACUAUAGGCGUCUCCCCUUAAGUCACCACCACCUCCUGCUUAGAUAGCGAAGAGGAAGUUGCUUCAGAACAAUCUGAGCACCAGUGUGGAGCUUUCCGUGACUCUCUUUAUAGUUUCUCCUCAUUUGACAGCAGCGAAUUGCUUCCCCCUAUUAAAUUGACAGCUAGCUAUACUUUUCUCUUGGUUUCGGUGAAGGUGUAUGAUCAUGAGAGCUUUCAAUUCUAUGAAUAAUAAAAAGAAUCUAAGAAGAGAACUGAGGGGCUGAGAAAGCUCCAUCGGUAAAGUGCUUGCUGUGCAAGCAUGAAGACCGGAGUUUAGAUCCCCAACACACACAUGCAAAGCCGCGCAUGCGCCUGAAACCCAGAGUUGGGGAGGCAGAUGGGAAGAUCCCCAGUGCCUGCUGGCCAACCGGUCUGGCUCAGUCAUUGAGCUCCUGGUUCAGUGGGAAGUGCUGUCUCAGAUAAAUCAGGUAGAAAGCAAUAGAGGAAGACUGUAACAUAGAUCUCUGGCCUCAGCAGGAAAGCCCAUCUGUGUGCACCCGCACCCCCCCAAACACACACACACACACACACACACACACAGAAAGCAUUUGAGUAAGUGCUAGCUCUUAUUUAAAAUACUUCUCUUUGCUGAAUAUGCCAGGAUAAGUAAAAGAUGCCUUAAUAUUUAAUUUUUGUAUUGUUGGAGACAGUGAGUUUAAUUCCUAUUAUCUGCUAUUGUGAUGUUUUGUUGGUAACUAAGCUUUCAGUGAAUUCACCAUACAACACAUUUCAAAUCCUGGGAGUGGUGCUUGAUUUUUGUGGGUGGUUUGCUUUUUGGUGGGUUUUUUUGUUUGCUUGUUUUUAUAGUGACUUUUCAAAUAUCCAAAUAUCCCAACCUCUGUGUCUUUUUAAUAAUAUACAUACAAGUCUUUCACAUGCUGAACUGCUGUAAUUGCUUGGUUUUUAAAAAUCAUUAAGAAAGGAAACUUGCUGUAGUUUUAUCUGUGUAUGUGAGUUACGGUGACUAUGUGUGCUUCCAUGUUGUUAGAAUUCCAAGUUAUACUGCGUAGUGUAGACCAACAAUUAACUUUUAAGGAAUUACUGUAGCAUAAGAGCAGACUAAGAUGUAUCCAUGAAUUCCCCCAGUUACCCUUGGCGUCAGUGAACUUGUAGAGCUGUGAAGUAUAGUACAGUGAAAGUGUGUGCUGGCAUUGAGAGAGCUGACUCCUCCCGUUUUGUUUCCUGGAUUAAUAUUAAACUUGGAAGACACCCACUAUGACAUCUUUUAUUUUCAAGGUUCUGUUCAUGUAGGUUUUAAUGUCAUCUUGAUUUUUUUUUUAAGAAACGUCUUGUAAUGGGAGAAAAACGGUGUUUUGUUCUGUUUUAAAGACUGUUACACUGGUCAGAGUUAUUGUGGUUCUUAGAUUGCAAAGACUUAUGCUAGUUAUAUGCCAAUGAACUAUUUUUACUCUUUUUCUAUGAAUUGUACAAAUCUCUGGGGCAGAUGGUGGCGGUGGUGCCUCCUGUUACCUUCUGUGAACACUUGAACACUUUCAUCAACAUUGCCAACAUCUGAUAAUGCUCCCAGUAUAUUUUCUCAGAGUCUAUUUACUUAAAAUUGUAUGGAAUGACAUGACUGAUAAGCAAUAAAGUCUGAAUCACA